AUGAAAAUGAAUUUCAUUCAAUACUUACCUUCUGUCACUCCUAUGCAUGUGGUGGACAUUUUGGAGCAAAGAGGACUGCUCUCAAGGUGCUUGAAAGUGGAUUCUAUUAGCCUACCCUAUUCAAAGAUGCAUACCUCUUUUGCAAAUCUUGUGAUCGAUGUCAAAGAGCUUAUAGGAUGGCAUACAACACAGAUUGGCAUGUCCCCUUAUCAGUUAGAUUAUGGCAAGCCUUGUCGUUUCCCAGUUGAACUCAAACACAAGGUAUUUUGGGCAGUCAAGCAAUGCAACAUAGACCUAGGUGUAGCGGUUGAUCAAAGAAAGCUUCAACUCAAUGAACUUGAGGAAAUUCGAAAUAACGCCUAUGAAACUUCAAGAAUUUACAAGGAAAAAACUAAGGCAUACCAUGAUAAAAUGAUUUCAAGAAAGGCUUUUGUUUUUGGACAAAAAGUUCUUCUUUUCCACCCGCGCCUCAAGUUAUUUUCAAGUAAAUUACGUUCUCGAUGGAUUGACCCUUUUGUUGUUACUAAUGUCUUUCCUCAUGGUGUAGUGGAAAUCAACAGCCUUAAGACUGAGAAAGAGUUUAAGGUAAAUGGGCAUCGAUUAAAGCCAUAUUUUGAACCCUUCGUAUCACGAAACAUGGAGGAAAUGCGAUUGGAGGAUCCAAUCGAAGAAGCAUGA